UUCUGACUUAGUUCUUACAAGGCAAAUUGGUAAGGUUAAUUUCUUGCCAACCUGUAUGGGAUAGUUUGUCUAGAAAUGAUGCUAUAUUCUUGUCCCAAUUUAUUAUGACUGUCAGUUCUGCUGCAAUCUAGAACUCCUAAUGAUUAUUUUCAUCAAAGACUUGAUGUCAAGAACACCUCUUUCAGUUUUACCUGCCUUGUCAGCAUUACAUUUACUAUCUGUUAACAUGGUGCUUCAUUUAAUUUUUGAGAUAAUUUUGAGCAUAGAACUGCAAAAGGUGUGACAUUUACUAUUUGUAGACAUGCUGCUAUCUGAUUUGAAGCGACUCACUCGUUGCCUAAUCCAGAACGUCACCUGUUUCUUCAGCAGUGUUAAGGUUGCAGAAUGGUUGGUCCAAAAAAAAAAGGGUUGCAGAAUGGUUUCAGUAAUGGACAGUUUGACUGCUGUUGAUAUCGCCUUCUGGUUUUGUUAAAGAAAAGGGUUAAUUUAAUAUAUUCCACUGUAAUUUUGGCGAAUUCGAAAAACACCGCUGCAAUUCUCAUCAUUUCAAAAAUGCCAGAAAAUGCUGGUGAAUUAUUAACAUAAACCUGACCAAACUGGAUGGUGGGAUGCACCAUGAGUUGAUGACCAAAAUGUUCUGCUCGAGUCACUGUCGCCUCAUGACGUAUGCAUGGAAAAAAAAAGCAACAAUUUCCUGGAAGUUCAGCAGAAAGUAACCCUUGGUAAAGCUUGAACCAAAUCUAAAUCUGGUCUCUUUACUGAGGUCAGCCUCUGCGGCAUUGAACAUGACCAGAUUGGCGUUGAUUAAAGAAAAAACUUCAGUGUAGGCCCAGUGGCGAAUCAGCCCAAAUGGGCUGGCCUUCCACAUCCCCACCCCUAUAUAUACGAGUAGCACAGGCCGAACUAUCUUCCUCGCGUGUCAACAGUCAAAACACUCGUCUCAAAACACAAGCCCAUCCAUCCCCACCACGAAACGAAGGCAGCAAGAGGAGCAGCAAUGGCGGAAGCGGGGAGCAGCGGCGGCGGCGUCCGGACGUGCGUUACCGGAGGCGCCGGGUUCAUCGGCUCGUGGCUCGUCAGGAAGCUCCUCGAGCGCGGCUACACCGUCCACGCCACCCUGCGAAGCAUCGGGGACGAGGGGAAAGCGGGGCUGCUGCGGCGGCUCGUUCCAGGGGGGGUGCCGCCGGAGCGGCUGGUGCUGUUCGAGGCCGACCUCUACGACGCCGCCAGCUUCGCGCCGGCCAUCGCCGGAUGCCAGUUCGUCUUCCUUGUCGCCACGCCGUCCGCGCACGAGGCCGCCGGUUCCAAGUUCAAGAAUUCGGCAGAUGCAGCUGCGGACGCGGUGCGCGUCAUCCUCCGGCUAUGCGCGGAGUCCAAGACGGUGAAGCGCGUCAUCCAUACUGCAUCGGUGUCAGCCGCUUCACCACUGCUAGAUGCCUCUAGUGCCGCCGCUGCCAUGUACAAAGGUUUCAUUACUGAAUCCUGCUGGACUCGGCUCGACAUCGACUAUCCUCUUCGGAGCGUGCACUUUGAUAAGUACAUAGAGUCAAAGAUCCUGUCGGAGAAGGAGCUCCUGAGCUACAACGUCAGGGAGAGCCCCGCGUUCGAGGUGGUCACACUGCCCUGCGGCCUCGUCGGAGGGGACACGGUCCUCGGCCACGUCCCGGAGACAGUGGAGAGCGUGGUGUCACCGGUGACAAAGCAAGAGCUCUACUUCAUGCUCCCAAGGAUUCUACAGGGGCUGCUGGGCUCGGUGCCGUUGGUGCACGUUGAUGACGUCUGUGCCGCGCUCAUCUUCUGCAUGGAGCAGCCUUCCCUCUCUGGCCGGUUCUUGUGCGCCGCUGCUUACCCGACGGUCCAUGACAUUGUGGAUCACUAUGGUCGCAAGUACCCUCACCUUGACCUCCUCAAAGAGAAUGAUGAGGCAGUGAAGGUUCAAUCUGAGAGGAACAAGCUUGGGGAGCUGGGUUUCAGGUACAAGUACGGGAUGGAGGCGAUACUAGGUGACAGCAUCGGCUGCGCCGUGAGGCUGGGCUACAUCGAUGCAUCCAAGCUCAGCGGGCAGUAGAAAUGAUGAACUCAUGUCAUGUGCUGUGUAUGGCAAGUGACCAUCUGUCUGCCGCUUAAUUGUUUUGCAUUUUACACUUUCCAGAGAUCAUAUUAUUACACAUACAUGUAUUACACUAGUAGAGAGAAGAAAUGCACGUAAAUUAACAUCUGUUCGCUAUUGUUGUUUUUUAGCAUAGGUGUGAUCCUUUCAGUAUUUUUCAAUAUUUGUCCUGGAAAUGAGAGAAAGAACUCAUGCGCAGAUGUGUGUUAAUACUAAUUUGCACUUAUAGCU